AUGGCAUCUAAAACACUAGCUUCGAUCAUUCUUCUCUUAUCCCUUUUCACGUUCUCUUCCUCACACCCUGACAAUGGUGGCAUUGCUGUGUACUGGGGCCAAGACGGUCGAGAAGGCGAUCUGACAACAACAUGUGACAGUGGAAACUACGCUAUUGUGCUUCUCGCUUUUCUCCACAAGUUCGGUGCAGGGAGAACCCCAGAAUGGAACUUCGCUGGUCACUGUGACAACGGUGCCAUGAAAAAGUGCACUGAACUAGAGUCCGAGAUAAAACACUGCCAGGAUAACGGCAUCAAAGUGCUCCUUUCAAUCGGGGGAUCCCCGGACUAUUCAAACUACUCCCUGAGCUCGGCGGAGGACGCAAAGAACGUUGCCAACUACCUCUACACCAACUUCCUCAGCGGCCAAUUCGGUCCACUGGGAAGCGUCAAGCUCGACGGCAUCGACUUCGACAUCGAAGUCACGGAGAAUCACUGGGACGACCUUGCCAGGGAACUCGACUACUUCCGGCAAACCACGGGGCGUUACUUUUACUUGGCCGCAGCCCCUCAGUGCCCCACAAACCCAAUCUACUAUCUUGGCAAAGCCAUCGCCACCAAACUCUUCGACUACAUCUUCGUUCAGUGCUACAAUAACCCCGGUUGCUCCUACGUAAGUGGCACCAACGCCCUCUUGAACUCCUGGGACACGUGGGUGGGCUUGGUGGCCUCCAACAACUCGCUCUUCGUGGGUUUGCCGGCAUCGACCAGCGCCGGAAACGGUUUCAUUCCGGCGGAGGUGAUGAACGGUGAGGUUCUUCCGUACGCGAAGACAGCGUCGAACUACGAGGGAGUGAUGCUGUGGAACAGAUACCACGAUGUUCUGAAUGGAUACAGCGAUCAGAUUCUCCCCAACGUGAUUAAAUCCAAUUUGCUGAUUCGUCUCAACGUAGGUUAG